AUGUCACCAGUAGUUGGCUGGUUCAGAAUUAUGAAGAUUCGUAGCAACAGAUACACUAUAUUUAGGGUAUUUAUGCAAAUACACUGUAACAGAUGCAACAGGUUCACUGAAUCUGUGGAAAAGCAGCAACAGCCGCGUGACUUGAAGUCACUUCAUUUUGUUGAUAAAAUGGGGUCAUAUCCUAUCCUUCGAUGUUUCACUGUACGGACACCUUAUUACACCGGUAUCAACUUCACCUUGAACCUUUUCAGUCAGACUUUUAAUAAAGAAUUCUUCCCUGAAAUUAUAGCUGUUGAUGAUAAUGGCGUUGAUGCUAAAGGUGGAGCCGCUGAAGUUGGUUCUGAAAUCGCCACUGAAUUCGGCGCUACUGAUGGAGCUGAAACAGGUGUUGGAGACAGCACUGAAGCAGGUUCCGAAGCAGAUGCUAAAGCAGGAUCCUUCGGAGCAGCGGGGAUAUCGGCUCCAGCAGCUCAGGAACGAGGCAUCGCGAAGCAGAAGCUAUGGAAAAAGAAAACCCCAGGAAUCUUGAUCCUCGGUCCUCCUGAGUCUACAUCAACAGAGAAAGCAGCUGCUUCAUACUUUCUACACCUGAGCCUAGUUAACACAGGGAUUGCCGCAGCAUAUGUUUUUCGGCAAAUCUUUGAACAGCUUGCGAAGACCCAUCUGGAUCUUGGGCUUCGGUUAGGUUUAGCCUUCAGUCCCGCUCUCGACUCCCAGGGGCGUGAAUUUCCAAGUGGUUUUCCGGAAGAACUCUGCAGUUUUCCUUUAGGUGAAAUGCCUCGUCUGCUGCUCUAUGUCUUGAUGGCCAUUAGUCUGUCUGCAGUUUACCAGAUCCUGAACGUUUCGCGAACCCGGAAUCUCAGGCAGACGACGGAAUACAUGUACCGAACAACCACUCCUGCUGUAACUUUGAGUGAAAAGGAAAAAAACGUUUUCCUUCAAGAGGAAACGUUUGCUCUCAGAGAAGUUGAAGGCGACCCAAGAGGCAAUAAAAAUCGACCUGGCCUGCGACUGCUUUCGUCUCUCUACGCUCACCGCCCGGCCGUUCUGGCGAAGUACUCCUCGCCGUCGCCUUAUUUAGCGGAGUUCAUCGAGGAGUUGAAGAGAGACUUGACUGUCCGGGGAGUGGCCGAGGAUCCCUGGGCCUUGGCACGGAAGUGGGCCAAGCCGAAGUCCCUGGUUCCCGAGUCUGCUCCUGGCUUGGGGGACGUCCUGGCUGCCCUGUCCACGGCGCCGGUCGUGGCAGCCGAUUCUUUCGAUGGGGGGAAACAGCUCAAGCUUCUGUUGCAGUUUGAAGGAAACCAGAAGGCUAUUUUUAAAGUUAUGAGGUAUAAUCGCACGGCAGUAAUUACGAUCAUGAACUCGGGGAAGGACCGUCACAAUGGAGAAAUCGUGGCCUUUCACGCGGCUCGGCUCCUGGGGCUGCAGAUGGCGCCCGUGGCUGUCGGGCGCAGAAUUCAUCUGGCGAAGGAGAUCCUGCCGGUGGCUUCAAAGAGGCUCGCUAAAACCUUCUUCACCGAUGAAAACGGACAGCUGUGCUUCUCUGCAAGUUUAGAUAAAGGCGAACAGAAGAAUAUACAGUGUCCCACGAAAGAUAACUUGACGGAAGGUGUCGUGAUCAUGUGGAUACCGGAGCAUUUGAAGUUAUUAGAAAUGAAUUAUCCUUGGCGACAUUAUUACAAAAGUAAACGCCCCGUCAAGUGGGAACAGGAUGAAACUUACUGCGAAGCCGUAUCGAGCGGGAUUUGGGCGAAUCGACUCCUAGACUUCAUCGAUAUGUCUGUCCUGGAUUUCUUGAUUCAGAACACAGACAGACACCACUUCCUGCUCGCUGACGGGGAUCCCGACGCGUCCGUGAUACCGAUUGAUAAUGGAAGAAGUUUUGGUGAUCCUGAUAUUGAUUAUGGAUCUUUGCGCAGGCUCCGGGCGGCGACGCACGCGCGGCUGGUGCUGCUGAGCGGGCGGGCUGUCCUGGGCCCUGAGGGAGCUGCUGCGCCUCGACCCGCUCGCGCCCGUGCUCGCCGACGCCCACCUCCGCGCCCUGGACCGCCGCCUCGCGCACGUCCUCGCCGCCCUCAGCGCCUGCAGCGAGAGGAACGGCGGAUGGCACAAUGUCCUCUGCUGAAGGGCUCGGCCGAGUGGAGGGGCUGGUGCCUCCUGAAGGGCGUCGUGUUCCUGAGGCCGAAGGAGGUCGAGGCCCCGCCCACAGAGUUACCCCCCCCUACCCCCCCAAGCCCUUCGAGGGAUAAGGGCACGAGCGUCUCCUCGUCUUUUCACGGUGUUUUCAGGUCGAGUUUUCAAGAAGAAAAGAUUCGUGUGGUCCUCCUUUUCUAUUUAGAUUUUAUGUUUCAUUUCAAAUUGUUAAUGUCACAAACUGUGUAA